GUAUUCUACCGGCAGACGUCAAGGCAAUAUGAAUGAAGGUGCCCCUAUAAUGUACCAUGGAAACGGUGGGUUCGAAGGGCCAGGAAUAUAUAUGAUACCGGGACACAUCGAGAGACAGACGCACAGGCAUUAUCCAUUAGAAAUGGUGCAGGUUAUGGGAGGCCUGGGUUCCAGAGGGGGCAGUUCACCGGGUCAUGGAACUCCAAGGCGAUGGCAGCCUCGUAAGGACCGCCAUCCUAAUAAGACCGACAACAUGGCUUUUGGUUAUGAUUCAGAUGACUCCAGUCUAUCAAGCAAUGCCUCAGGUUCACACAAAUCGAGCGAAAAGGGCGAAGGUAGUCGUGAUCGCGAAGUGGGGACGGUAUCCCGCGAAUGGCGCGGUCGCGGUCGCCGAGACCAGCGGCAGCGCCGUAUUGCUCCGGAGCGAUACCUGAGCGCUGCGUACCCCUUUCAAGUCAAAUUCACACCAGACGAUCUCCUCAACGGAUCAAAAUGGGACACCCUGUCUCAAGAGAUCUGGGACAAGUUCGUCAAGUCACAACAGACAGAAGAGACGUUUCGGAAAAAGAUGAACUUGUGGCGAUAUUUGUACGUCACUAUCAAGUCGAUAUUCCCCCGUUACGGGUUGUACGUGGUCGGCUCCACAAUGUCCGGCUUCGGGCUAGACUCAUCAGAUAUGGACCUUUGUCUAUACGUGCGUCCGGUGGCCGAUUUAGAGCCUCGUGCUCACGCUCUACUUCAUCUCAAUUACAUCCUCAACUACAUCAAGAGCUUCGACCCUAGUGCGGAGCUGAUCCAGGCGAAGGUUCCCAUAUUAAAAUUUCGGGAUGAACGAAAUGGGCUUCAAGUGGACCUGAAUUGUAACAAUGUCGUCGGCAUCCGGAACACAAACCUUCUCUACUGCUAUUCUAGAAUGGACUGGCGCGUGCGGCCGCUGGUGGCGAUCACGAAGCUGUGGGCGCGCGCGCACCGCAUCAACGACGCGCGGCGCCGCACGCUCUCCUCCUACGCGCUCACGCUCAUGGUGCUGCACUUCCUGCAGUGCGGCGCCAGCCCGGCGGUGCUGCCGCGCGCGUGCGAGGCGGCGCGCCCGCGCCCGCACAACCGCUGCACGCUCGGCGAGCUCUUUCUGCAGAUGCUCAAGUACUACGCCGAGUUCCCCUACGAGCAGAUGGCGGUGUCGGUGCGCGCGGCGCGGCGCGUGCCGCUGUGGGAGUGCCGCGCGCGCGCCGCCGCCGCGCCCGCGCACGACCCGCACUCCUGGAAGCUGCUGUGCGUCGAGGAACCGUUCGACCUGACAAACACGGCGCGCACCGUGUACGACCCGGAGACGUUCGAGAAGAUCGUGAACACGUUCCGGGAGAGUCACGCGCGCCUCACCGCCGGCCUGCGCCUGCAGGACGCCUGGCCGCAGCGAUGA